GGAGUACCGUAGACGUUCAGUCUUCUGCUGACCGUAGCAAGACGUGCGUCGAGUCGUGCUGCUCCGCGAAUAUCGAGAGACAGCAAAAGGCCAGCGAAAAGAGAGGAAGAGAAAGAACCGCACAGACGACGACGAUGGUGUGUUUCUUUUGCGUGGCGGCGAUCGCCAUUCUCUACGUCUUAUUUGACGUGAAUUAUUUCUUGAGAAUCUUCUCCACUAUUAUAUGGGGUAGACUCUUUGACAAGAGGAAGAAACUUUUCGACACGACCACGAUUUAUGGCAUUUGUUUCACUCAGGACGUCGACCUGGUUCUGAGGCACAUGAACAAUGCGAGGUACUUGCGCGAGUUGGAUUUCGCGCGCUUUUACUUUUACGAUAGGUCAGGAAUCUAUAACAGCAUCGUGAAGAAAGGAGGUAGUGCUGUACAGGGUGCAUCUACCAUAAGAUACCGCCGAGCGAUUCCUAUCUUCACGCCGUACAAGAUCACCACGAAGCUCAUUUAUUGGGAGGACAAACACUUCUACGUGGAGCAACAGUUUAUCAGUCUCAGCGACAACUUUAUCCGUGCCGUUGUAUUAAGCAGACAGACUGUAACCGGAUUAAAAAUCCCGGUGCAGGAUAUAGUAGCUGACAUCGAACCGGAAGUACAGCGACCCGCACCCACUAAGGAGCUUCAGCUAUGGCUGGAUUCCAUGGAAGAGUCAUCUCAGCAUUUGAAAAAGCAGAGAUAAGAAGAUAUGAUCUGUGUUCCGUUGCAUAUUACUCGAUAUAUUACAUUGUUAUCUAUCGAUGCAAUUAUUUAUGUGCGUUAUUAUACCCGCGAUGUAAUUAUUCAAGGAAGUUACGUUCUGGGUGCGCCUUACGGCUAAUUAUCUGCUGGGUCUCUCUCGCUGAAAUGUCGUGGCACGUAACAAAUUGAUAAACUGGGUCGACCCACGCGAUUACGAUUACAAUUUUCUUCACCUUCACGACUUUCGCACAAGAGUGUAUCAUGAAUCAUUUGAUUUCGUGCAAAUGUAAUACAGAGUUUUGUUCUUGAGUUCAA